AUAGACAGACAGACAGGUGGAGGGAUAGAUAGACAGACACACAGAUUGAUAGAUGGAUCUACACUCUAUCUAUGUUUGUUUGCUUGUUUCAAUAUGUUUGGCACUAUUACUCCUCCUGUCCUGUACAGCGUUACCUUACUCUCUUACUAAUUCUGUCUCAUCAUUUUCCAUCUGUCCUCUCUCUCUCAUCUCGCUAAACAGCACCAGUAAUUAUGAGAAAUGAUCAAAUGACCGUUGUACUAAUAGAGUUUCAUUAUGUUAAUAUGCUAUAUGCCGCUGGGUGUAUAAAAGACAUAGUGUCCCUCAUUCAGACACACACCUGCAGCAAACCUGUUAUUAGAAGGUUACAGACUGUCUCUUUUUUUCUGGAAUUCAUUUAUUUCUUUUAAUAAAUAUUUAUAAACAGCAUCUGUCCUCUUAUAAGAUGCAGACAAGUUGUGCUUUACUCUGUAUCUCCCUCUGUGUCUUAACUGCACAUAUGUCAAGGAUCCAUGGCAUGGCCCUCAAGAAUCCAGAGAAGAAGGGAUGGACUCUGAACAGUGCUGGGUACCUACUAGGACCUUAUGCUUACAGAAGUCUUAAUGUAAGACACAGAGCUACGGGAAAAAGAGACAUGUGGAAUGAGAGUUCAAGCUUACCAGCAUCUUCAUACAAUGAUUCCUAUCUUCUCUCACUGCUAGGUCAUCUGGCAUAUCUGCAAUUAAAAGAAAUGGGAAUGACUGAAGACUUCAGUGGCUCUUUAAUGAGUGGCCAUAUGAAGCAAUAACAAUAUAUCUGUUUUACUGCUUUUCAACAGUUGCCCUCUAAUACUGUUUUGCAUUUGAUCCUUUUUUAUCAUUAUUUUUGUAUGUAUUAACCAGUAGUUCAAAUUGGUCAAAUGUGUAGAUUAAUAUUUCAUGAAUCAUGCAGAUUUGACUCUUCUUGCCACUUUACAAUUGAACCAUUGUUCGUGCAUAAUUUUCUGCUUCAGAGUUCAAAUAAAGUACUUCAUGACAAAUAUUUUCAAAAACCUUUAACGUUUAGGCUAUUCCAUUUAAAAAAGGAAAUUGAGGUAAUCAUGGUGCAGCGAUU